AUGGCGGGGCGGCAUGCGGCGGCGGUUUCCGCGUUCCUCUUCCUGCUGCUCGUGGGGCACUGCCACGGCGGCAAGACCGGCAUCUGCUACGGCCGCAACGCCGACGACCUGCCGGGGCCCGACAAGGUGGCGCAGCUCAUCCAGCAGCAGUCCAUCAAGUACGUGCGCAUCUACGACACCAACGCCGACGUCAUCAAGGCCUUCGCCAACACCAGCGUCGAGCUCAUGGUCGGCGUCCCCAACGCCGACCUCCUCGCCUUCUCGCAGUACCAGUCCAACGUCGACACCUGGCUCAAGAACAGCAUCCUCCCCUACUACCCGGCCACCGCCAUCACCCACAUCACCGUCGGCGCCGAGAUCACCGAGAGCCCCAUCAACGUCUCCGCCCUCGUCGUGCCGGCCAUGCGCAAUGUGCACGCCGCGCUCAAGAAGGUCGGCAUGCACAAGAAGAUCACCAUCUCCAGCACGCACUCGCUCGGGGUGCUCUCCCGCUCCUUCCCGCCGUCCGCGGGGGCGUUCAACAGCAGCUACGCGCACUUCCUCAAGCCCAUGCUGGAGUUCCUCGUGGAGAACCAGGCGCCCUUCAUGGUCGAUCUGUACCCCUAUUACGCCUACCAGAACUCGCCCAGCAAUGUCUCGUUGAACUACGCCCUCUUCUCGCCGCAGUCCCAGGGCGUGAUUGAUCCCAACACCGGAUUGGUCUACACAAACAUGUUUGAUGCGCAGGUCGAUUCCAUCUUCUUCGCGCUCAUGGCUUUGAACUUCAAGACACUCAAGAUCAUGAUCACCGAGACGGGAUGGCCGCACAAGGGAGCUCCCAAGGAGACCGGGGCGACUCCGGACAAUGCUCAGACUUACAACACCAAUCUGAUACGCCAUGUUGUCAAUGACAGCGGCACGCCUGCCAAGCCUGGGGAAGAAAUAGAUGUCUACAUCUUCUCCUUGUUCAAUGAGAACAGGAAGCCGGGCAUCGAGUCCGAGAGGAACUGGGGACUGUUCUCUCCAGACCAAAGCUCCAUCUACAGCAUAGAUUGGACUGGCCGAGGAAAUGUGGACAUCAUGACUGGAGGAAACCGUUCAAAUGGUACUUGGUGUGUUGCUUCAACCAAUGUCUCGGAGACGGCUCUGCAGAAUGGCUUGAAUUGGGCAUGCGGUCCAGGCAAUGUCGAUUGCUCUGCUAUUCAGCCAAGCCAACCCUGCUACCAGCCCGACACAUUGGUUUCACAUGCUUCAUAUGCGUUCAACAGCUAUUAUCAGCAAAAUGGAGCCACUGAUGUGGCCUGCGGAUUUGGUGGUGCUGGAAUGAGGACGACGAAAGAUCCAAGUUAUGACACUUGUGUUUACAUGGCAGCCGGCAGCAAGAUUAGCACCAAAAAUUCAACCGCCACUCCAACUCCAAGCGGCUCCAGCCCGUCACUGUUGGCCCAAUGCCGCACCCUUCUGCUCCCUGUGCUUCCCAUUGUGAUUGCCGUGGGCUUUCUGUGA